CUCCUCACCAAGCAAUCCCAAGCAACCCUCCACCUAAAACUCAACUUUCAAGCCAUGAAGUUCUUCGCCGCCAUCGCUGCUCUCGUCGUCGCCGCCGUUGCGAAUGCCCAAACCCAGCCCACCUGGAGCAACUGUGCCACCGGCUCCACUGACCUGACCAUCACCACCUUCUCGGUCACCCCUUACCCUCUGUGCAUCGGCCAGAACGUCUGCGCCAGCGGCACCGGUACCUUGAGCACCCCCGUCGUCGCGGGUGCCAAGUUGGCCAUCACCGGCAGAUACGGUGGACGUGUCGUCUACACCGACAACCAGGAUUUGUGCUCCCUUACUGGAGGCCAGGGACACCCUUGCCCCAUUCCCAUCACCGUGACCUCGAUCACCGUCUGUCUUUUGGUCAAGACCACUGCCCCUGCUAACGUCCCCGUCGCUCUCACCGUUCUUGCUACGAACGGCAACGGCAAUGUCCUCUUCUGCCAGGCCGCGACCGUCACCGCCAAGGUCUGCUAA